GAUCGAUAUAGAGAUUUCAACAAAGCCACUCUCCUAACUCGAUACUAAUCGAAGCAAAGAAGUAGUGAAGAGGGCGUUCGAGAGGUCGCGUGCAGCCGUGUGUUCUUUCGGACUAGGAAAUCAGCCAUCAUGGGUCGUAUGCACGCACCUGGUAAGGGUAUAUCCCAGUCAGCUCUUCCGUACAGAAGAAGCGUCCCUACGUGGCUGAAGCUCACGCCAGAGGACUGCAAGGAGCUUAUCUACAAGCUAGCAAAGAAGGGUCACACUCCAUCCCAAAUUGGUGUUGUCCUUCGUGACUCUCAUGGAGUUGCACAAGUACGUUUCCGCACUGGAAACAAAAUUUUGAGGAUUGUCAAAUCCAUGGGAUUGGCCCCAGACCUUCCAGAGGAUUUGUAUUAUCUCAUCAAAAAAGCUGUUGCCAUCCGCAAGCACUUGGAGCGCAACCGCAAGGACAAGGACAGCAAAUUCCGUCUUAUCUUGGUAGAGUCAAGGAUCCACAGGCUAGCCCGGUACUACAAGACCAAGGGCUCCCUGCCACCAAACUGGAAGUACGAGAGCUCUACCGCCAGUGCUCUUGUGGCCUGAUUUUAUACCAUAAUAAUCAAUAAAUAUUAAAAAAAACAAAA